CUUCUCUCACUUUCCCUUUUGAGUUACUUCCACCAUCUUCCUUUUGUUCGUAUCUCCAAAUUUCCCAGAUUUUGGAGAGAUCUCUCAGUCUCCGAUCGUGAUCCGUCUAUCUCCGAUCUUCGAUUUCGCGACUCGGAAUCAAAUGUCAGAAGGCUACGCAAUCGAGCUGUACUUCGACCCAGCACUCGAGAACCAAGUUCUGAAAGCUUGGAACGUCUUCGCUCGCCGUCAAAUCAGCACCAAACUGAUCAACACCGAGUCUCGUCCACACAUAACACUCUUCUCCACCUCUCUCUUCGACUCGACUCGGCUCGAAUCCGUCAUCAAAAGCUUCGUAUCGAAGCAAGAACCAAUCUCGAUCUCGUUCUCCACCAUAGGCAGCUUCUCUAGCGACAACAACUUGCUCUUCCUAUCUCCGACGCCGUCUCUUUCGCUUCUUCAGCUGCAGACUCAGCUAUGUGAUACGUUGAAGAAAGAGUCUGUUGAGAUUGGUGAAGAUUACCGUGUUGAUUCUUGGGUUCCGUGUUGUCCUGUGGCUCUCGAUGUUCCCAAGUCGCGUAUGGCUGAGGCUUUCUCUGUUUUGAGAGAUUUGAAGCUUCCGGUGAAUGGUUAUGGUAUGGAGAUUGGUCUUGUUGAGUUUUCUCCUGUUCGUGAAGUCUUCUCAUUUCCUCUUGGUAACACUUUGGAGUCUUGAUUCGUUUGUGAUAUGUGUUGCCUUGUGUUUGGUUUGAUGGUUUUUAGCUUUCAUGUAAGUUUGUUUCUCCAUGUAAAGCAUCGAUCUUUACUGUUGAACUCGUAAUUUCUUAAGGAAAUAGUUGGAGAAUAUUACUAUUUAUCAAUCUGAGCUGUCUCUUUCACU